GAAGUCGGGAGGCGAGACUGCAGAGGGAGUAGUGCGGUCCUGCGCGCGGGGGAACUAGCUGGAGGGCGAGGCGGGAACACGCCACUGUGAGCAUGCAUUUCAGGUUGUUGGCGCAGCUCUGCUCCAUGAUGUUGAUCUGAAACCCAGAUUUUCUUUCUCUUGCCACUGUCAUCUCCUGCAUGGCCAAAGCUAGGUCACCAUCAUAGUCAUGUUUCAGCCUAUGGGAAGGGGGAAAGACAAUAUUCAAGCAUCUAUUGUUGGGGUGAUCGGACCUAACACCAGGUUGUGGGGACAACGAAGUCCAGAAGAGUGAAAGGAAUGAGAAAAGACAGUUUGAGAGAGAAAGUGGGCCCAGGGGGCCAAUGCGAGUAUGGAGGCUGUGAAGGCCCCGAGCCCUGGAAGCCCAGACUAUUUAUUGGUGAUCAAACAAAGAAACAGGUGGUGAGAAUGUGGGGUUGAAAGGGAGUAUUGCAUUAAGCACAUGAUUUACAGCUGUGAUGGUUUAGCAACUGCUCUGCUACUUGAGAUAAUGGAGAGCAGAUUCUUUUAACUCAAGAUACAAUAGAUCCUGGGAGAGCAGGGAGCAAGGAGCCAGCCAGCCUAGACACAUUCCAGAGGCCAUGAGCCCUGGAUUCUUUCCAAGCCACAAGGGGUUUUAUGCCCUGGGCUUAGAUUAUGGUGCAUCAGGGUAGCCUUCCACCCUUUGGCGCAGAGCUUGGUGUUCCAAAGGCCACGAGGGGUUUUAGACCCAGGAUCCCAGACAUAUUUCAAGGCUUUUUUAUAUUAUGUCAGACAUGCAAGCCCUGCCUCAGCUUCUCUCCCAACACUCAGCUUUUCUCCCAACAUUUAUUAAAUAGCUCCUAUGUGCAAAGCGGUGUGCCGGGUACCUUAGUCACAGUGGGCACCAACAUUUAACCGGUCUCUGGCUACAUGAACCUUAGAAAUGCUUAGAUAAAAAAGGUACAUAUUAGCAGUUAUGUUAUAUAUAUAUAAAUUAUGUAAAUAAGUUAUUUUAUACCAAAAAAGUACGUAUUUUCCAGUGCAACUUAAUUAAUUGGUAUUCUGAUUUAUACAUCAAUCUAAGAUGACUUGGUUAAUAUGAGUCCACAAGAGGCUAUCUAGAUACUUGGGUUAAAUUGAGUUUCUACACCUGCUAAGCUGAGAGCCAAACUGUGGUGCUUGGAGACUCAUGAAAGGCACUAUCACUCUUGGCAGUGCUUCUGGGUGCUCAGCAGGCAUCUCACCCUAAGAACUCUAGGCCAUUCUGAUUCAUUUCAGUAGUAGGGAGCAAGUUCUUUUUUUUUUUUUUUUUUUUGAGAUGGAGUCUCGCUCUGUUGCCAGGCUGUCAGGCUGGGGUGCAAUGACGCCAUCUCUGCUCACUGCAACCUCUGCCUCCCAGGUUCAAGCAAUUCUCCUGCCUCACCCUCCCCAGAGUAGCUGGGACUACAGGUACACGCCACCACACCCAGCUAAUUUUUGUAUUUUUAGUAGAGACGGGGUUUCACCAUGUUGGCCAGGAUGGUCUCAAUCUCGUGACCUUGUGAUCCACCCACCUCGGCCUCCCAAAGUGCUGGAAUUACAGGCAUGAGCCAUCGUGCCUGGCCGGGAGCAAGUUCUUAUACCAGUUCACAUAUACCACUACACAGAUGCCCUCACUGAAAAAUAUGAAAAAUAAACAUGGAGUUUUGUUUUUGUUUUAAAUAAUAAGAGGUGGGUAUGAGGGGGAUUUUUCAAAUUAGAAAUAUUGGCAUUAGAAGGUAGAUAUAAUUCAACAGUUAAAGAAAGUGUAAUUAAAAACCAUGAUUUACCCCGGGCCGAGGAUGAGGCAGGUCGGGCGUCCCCACACUGGGCCCGGGCACCCCCACACCGGGCCCGGGCACCAGGAGUGGGCAUCUGGGCAGCACCGGGUGAUGGCCCUGCUGCUGGUGCUCCUCGCCUCCUGGGGCCUUGGGCAAUGAGGGGGCCGGUGGGCAUGGGCCGAGUGGCCGUGGGCGCCAUGGAGGGGGUGCUGUACAAGUGGACCAACUAUCUGAGCGGUUGGCAGCCUUGAUGGUUCCUUCUCUGUGGGGGAAUAUUGUCCUAUUAUGAUUCUCCUGAAGAUGCCUGGAAAGGUUGCAAAGGGAGCAUACAAAUGGCAGUCUGUGAAAUUGAAGUUCAUUCUGUAGAUAAUACAUGCAUGGACCUGAUAAUCCCCGGGGAACAGUAUUUCUACCUGAAGGCCAGAAGUCUGCCUGAAAGAUAGCAGCGGCUGGUGGCCCUGGGAUCAGCCAAGGCUUGCCUGACUGACAGUAGGACCCAGAAGGAUAAAGAGUUUGCUGAAAACACUGAAAACUUGAAAACCAAAAUGUCAGAACUAAGACUCUGCUGUGACCUCCUUGUUCAGCAAGUAGAUAAAACAAAAGAAGUGACCACAACUGGUGUGUACAAUUCUGAGGAGGGAAUUGAUGUGGGAACUUUGCUGAAAUCAACCUGUAAUACUUUUCUGAAGACCUUGGAAGAAUGCAUGCAGAUUGCAAAUGCAGCCUUCACCUCUGAGCUGCUCUACCACACUCCACCAGGAUCACCACAGCUGGCCACGCUCAAGUCCAGCAAGAUGAAACAUCCUAUUAUACCAAUUCAUAAUUCAUUGGAAAGGCAAAUGGAGUUGAGCACUUGUGAAAAUGGAUCUUUAAAUAUGGAAAUAAAUGGUGAGGAAGAAAUCCUAAUGAAAAAUAAGAAUUCCUUAUAUUUGAAAUCUGCAGAGAUAGACUGCAGCAUAUCAAGUGAGGAAAAUACAGAUGAUAAUAUAACCGUCCAAGGUGAAAUAAUGAAGGAAGAUGGAAUGGAAAACCUGAAAAAUCAUGACAAUAACUUGUCUCAGUCUGGAUCAGACUCAAGUUGCUCUCCAGAAUGCCUCUGGGAGGAAGGCAAAGAAGUUAUCCCAACUUUCUUUAGUACCAUGAACACAAGCUUUAGUGACAUUGAACUUCUGGAAGACAGUAGCAUUCCCACAGAAGCAUUCUUGGCAUCAUGUUGUGCUGUGGUUCCAGUAUUAGACAAAUUUGGCCCUACAGUGUUUGCUCCUGUUAAGAUGGAUCUUGUUGGAAAUAUUAAGAAAGUAAAUCAGAAGUAUAUAACCAACAAAGAAGAGUUUACCACUCUCCAGAAGAUAGUGCUGCAUGAAGUGGAGGCGGAUGUAGCCCAGGUUAAGAACUCAGCGACUGAAGCCCUCUUGUGGCUGAAGAGAGGUCUCAAAUUUUUGAAGGGAUUUUUGACAGAAGUGAAAAAUGGGGAAAAGGAUAUCCAGACAGCCCUGAAUAAUGCAUAUGGUAAAACAUUGCGGCAACACCAUGGCUGGGUAGUUCGAGGGGUUUUUGCGUUAGCUUUAAGGGCAACUCCAUCCUAUGAAGAUUUUGUGGCCGCGUUAACCAUAAAGGAAGGUGACCACCAGAAAAAAGCUUUCAGUAUUGGGAUGCAGAGGGACCUCAGCCUUUACCUCCCUGCCAUGGAGAAGCAGAUGGCCAUACUGGACGCUUUAUAAGAGGUCCAUGGGCUGGAAUCUGAUGAGGUGGUAUGAUGGCUGCUGGGCAGCACCUCCUAACUUCAGGGAAUAAAGUGCUAAAGUGUAAAAAAAAUAAAAGUAAAAAUAAAUAAAUAAAUAAAAUUAAAAAAAAUAAAAACCAUGA